GGAGCAUAACAUUAAGUAGUAACAAAUUAAAAUCUUCAAGUAAUGGAAAAUCAAAACUCGAUUGUUGUGUCAUUCAUUCUUCUCCCUCUCUUCUUAGCUUCUGCUUCUGCUCAACUCAGCCAAAACUUCUAUGCUAACACCUGCCCCAACGUUGAGUCAUUAGUCCGCUCUGCAGUGGAAAAGAAGUUCAAUCAAACUUUCAUCACAGCCCCCGGUACUCUUCGACUCUUCUUCCACGAUUGCUUCGUUCGGGGAUGUGAUGCCUCGGUGCUGUUGGCAUCGCCAACUAAUCAGGCUGAGAAGGAUAGUGCUGAUGACCGUUCACUCGCAGGAGAUGGGUUCGAUACCGUGAUCAAAGCAAAGGCAGCAGUUGAUAGUGAUCCCAUGUGCACAAACAAAGUUUCAUGUGCUGACAUACUUGCUUUGGCAACUAGAGAUGUUGUCAAUUUGGUAGGAGGACCAUUUUAUCGAGUUGAACUGGGGAGACGCGAUGGCCUGAUAUCUACUAAGACCAGCGUUAACAGCCACCUUCCGAAACCUGGGUUUAAUUUGGACCAGCUCAAUACCAUGUUUGCCAGUCAUGCUCUCUCCCAGACAGACAUGAUAGCAUUGUCAGGUGCACACACCAUAGGAUUCUCCCACUGCGGCCGCUUCUCCAACCGAAUCUACAACUUCAGUCCCACAAACAGAAUCGACCCAACACUCAACUUACAAUAUGCAUUGCAGCUGAGACAAUUGUGCCCCGUAAAUGUUGACCCCAGCAUCGCCAUUAACAUGGACCCAACCACUCCUCAGACCUUCGACAAUGCCUACUUCAUGAACCUUCAGCAAGGAAAGGGCCUGUUCAGCUCCGACCAAAUUCUGUUCACAGAUCCCAGAUCGAAACCGACAGUCAACCUCUUUGCAUCAGAUAAUGCAGCUUUUCAACAGGCCUUUGUAACUGCCAUUACUAAACUUGGUAGGGUGGGAGUCUUGACCGGUGACCAAGGCGAGAUUAGGCAAGAUUGCACCCGCGUCAACUAGAAAUUUCUUCUAAUUAGGCCUCUUUCUUUGUUCUUCUGAAUUCAUUUGAGCUGUUUCUCCUAUCAAGAUUGAUGUCCAUGAAAUUUGAAUAAAACUGUUGAAUAAUGUUGCUCCCUUGUAAUGUGAACGUGAUGAAUUAAAAUCCCACACUAAUU